AUGGCAGCUGUGCACGCCCCAAUCACCGCUACGCCAGUAGGAGGUACUUCAACGUACUUCGACACUGAUUCCAUUGUCGACGGUUCAGCACCCAAAGUAGCGAACAGCGCUGGUUUCUUUAAUGCCACCGUUGCCGCCAAUCAUAAAGAAGGUGCCGAAGAGCUUGCACUUUUACAGUACAUCUACAGCCGCCCCGACGUGGAGCAAAUACGGGGAAACCCAGAUGCAGUGUGCGACGCCAUUGACGAAUUUACGGCCACGAUCCCACGCGGACUGAUGACCAUUGGUGCCGAGAAGCGGACAUUUAUAACAAACAUGCUAGCUGCUGCUGAGCCUGCACCGACCUUGUUCCUCGAGUUCGGUUCCUAUGUCGGAUACUCAGCCAUCUGCCUUGCUAGCGCAAUGGUGGCUCGGGCAGGCCCAAGUCAGCGUGUCCGCUACAUCUCCUUUGAGAAGAACCCUAUAAUUGCAGCCGUUGCAGCCAGCCUCGCCGAUCUAGCUGGUCUCCGGGACGUCAUAAAUAUUAAUGUCGGCCCAGCUUCCGAGUCACUGACGCGCUUGGUGAAGGCAAGCACAGUGACCAAGGGAUCCGUUGAUUUUAUGCUGCUGGACCACUGGAAGGACUUUUACAUCUCCGAUCUGCAACUGUGCGAGAAGUUUUCUCUCAUCAAGUCAGGCUCGGUUGUCAUGGCGGAUAACAUUGUUUUUCCUGGUGCUCCAGAGUAUCUUGCCUAUGUACAGGCUGGCAAGGCGGAGGCUUCGCCAGAUGGUCUUACUUGUGCGACUAAGACGGCGGACUUCAUUCUGCCUUUUGGUGGCCCAGACCAACUGGCGAUUUCAGCGGUAUCGUAG